CAAUGGAGAUCUCGGCGGGCCAGUGGCUGCUCAUCCUCUUCCUGGUUGUGCUCCCGCUGCUUUACGAAUGCAGCACCACCUUCAGGUACUUCUGCAAGAUGGCGUUCUACAAUAGCUACAUCCUGUUCUUGGCCGUCAUUGUCAUCCCUAUCUGUGCAGUCCGUGGACGCAACGUGGAGAACAUGAAGAUAAUCCGGUUCAUGAUGCUGCAUGUGAAAUAUCUGUACGGGAUCAAGAUCGACGUGCGGGGAACGGAGAACUUUAAUAUCAAGGAGCCUUACGUGGUCGUGUCCAACCAUCAGAGCUCACUCGACUUGCUGGGGCUGAUGGAGGUGCUGCCAGACCGAUGUGUGCCCAUCGCCAAGAAGGAGCUGAUGUACAUGGGCACGGUGGGAUUGGCCUGUUGGCUCGGGGGCAUCAUCUUUAUCAACCGCAAAAAGACCGACGACGCCAUCAGCGUCAUGUCCGAGGCUGCCCAAACGAUGCUGAGCGAGAACGUCCGGCUCUGGGUCUUCCCCGAGGGGACCAGGAACCACAGCGGCUCCAUGUUGCCCUUCAAACGGGGUGCCUUCCAUUUGGCGGUGCAAGCCCAGGUUCCUGUUGUUCCAGUCGUAAUCUCGUCGUAUCGAGAUUUUUACAGUAAGAAGGAAAGGCGCUUUACCACUGGGCGCUGCACGGUGCAGAUUUUGCCUUCUGUGCCCACGAAGGGGCUGAGCGCCGACGACGUGCCAGCCUUGACGGAUCGUGUGCGCCAGGCCAUGCUCAUUGCCUUUGAGGGGCUCUCCGUGGAGCUGGGUGCCCCGCAGUGACCCCCCCUUCCUCCUCCCACUUCUUUCCCCGAUGGCCGGCCCGAGAGAGCGUCAGGGUGGGAGCAGAGACUGGGACCAGCGGAUGCCCACAGGCGGCCACUGAAGUGGGGCCGGCGCGGACGAGGGCGGCGCCUCAUCCCAACAGCAAAGUACAGGAGCGGCAAAGGCAGCAACGCAAGAAGAGCCAUGCCAUGGAGGAGAUGAUGAUGAUGAUGAUGAUGAUGAUGAUGAUGAUGAUGAUGAUGAUGAUGAUGAUGAUGAUGAU